AUGGCUGUCGAGUCCAAGUUUGAUCCCAAGGACAUGGUGUUCCGUCACCUCGGCCCUACUGGCUUGAAGGUCUCCGUCUUCUCUCUCGGAGGUUGGUUGACAUACGGUGGUACUCAAAAGGGUGAUAUUGUCAAGGAGUGCAUCCAAAAGGCCUUCGACCAUGGUUGCAACUUCUUCGAUACCGCCGAGGUCUACGCCAAUGGCCAAUCUGAGAUCGAGAUGGNNGGUGAGUUGACAUUACGUGCCCUCAACGAGCUCGCCUACCCUAGAGACGAAUAUGUCAUCUCGACAAAGAUCUUCUUCGGUACUGGACGCAAGGAGCCCAACACCCGUGGUCUCUCCAAGAAGCACGUCAUUGAGGGCUUGAAGAGCUCCCUCAAGAGACUGAACCACGACUAUGUCGAUAUUGUCCUGGCUCAUCGUCCUGACAACGCAACUCCUAUGAAGGAGAUUGUCGAGGGCUUCACCCAGGCCAUUCGCAACCUCAACCUGGCCUAUUACUGUUCGGNNGGUACAUCUGAGUGGUCUGCCACUCAAAUUAUGGAAGCAACUCAGAUCGCCGAAAAGUACAACCUUAUUGCACCCAUUGCCGAGCAGCCUCAAUACAACGCCUUCCACAGACAGCGUUUUGAGGUCGAGUAUGCCNCUCUGUACGAUCAAUUCAAGUACGGCACUACCAUCUGGUCUCCUCUUGCCUCUGGUCUUCUGACCGGCAAGUACAACGACGGCAUUCCUGAGGAUUCUCGCUUUGCCACCAACAAGGACUUCUUCGAGAACACCGUCAAGCAGCUCAAGAGUCCCGAGGGCCAAGCCAAGAUCGAGAAGGUAUCAACCAUUCUUCUGUGCUCCCUCUGUGACCAACUACUUACACAUAUCGAACAGGUCAGAAAACUCACUACCAUUGCUGAGAAGCUUGGUGGUACCGUUACCCAGCUGAGUUUGGCAUGGGCUGCAAAGAACCCCAAUGUCUCUACUGUCAUUCUGGGUGCUACCAAGGUCGAGCAGUUGGAGGACAACUUUGGAGCCCUGAAGCUGCUCGAGAAGUUGACUCCAGAGCUCAUGGAGGAGAUUGAGAAGAUCCUUGACAACAAGCCUGCUGGACCCGCUACUUUCGGUCGCGACAGAUAA